AUGCACCCGUUGACGCCGAUCGUCUCAUCUCCUCGGCUCUCGAAUCUCCCACGGCCACAUCCAUCGGCUCUAUCGAACGGUCCUAUCGAACGGUCUAUCCAACGGUCCUAUCCAACGGUCCUAUCCAACGGUCUAUCCAACGGCUCAAUCCAACGGCUCUAUCCAACGGCUCUAUCCAACGGCUCUAUCCAACGGACCCUAUUCAACGGCUCUAUCCAACGGCUCUAUCCGACGGCCCUAUCCAACGGCCAGAUCGGCGAACCGGCACGCGGCCACCUCGAAGCAAAAAAGCCCGACGCUCUAGUGACGCCUCGGCAGGUCGUCCGCAGCGGCAGCAUGGAUCAGCAUCGGCGGCGCUCGUCGGCGGGCCAAAAGGAAGAUUCUCGCCGGAUACAGGUCGCCAUCGUCGGCACGGGACUUGCCGGGCUGACGACGGCUCACCUCUUGCACAACGACGCCCGCGGACGCUACGAGGUGACCUUGUUCGAACAGGCGUCCAGGCUCGCCUUCGACGCGGCCUCGGUCAGCGUCGAGAACAAGAAGACGGGCGUCGUCGACCGGAUCGACCUUCCCAUGCGUGCCAGCACGGGCGGCUACUACGUCCAUCUGCUGCGCAUGUAUAGGCAUCUCGGCAUACGCCUGCACCCGCUCCGCCUCUCCUUUGCCUUUGCCAGCGCGCGAGCGACAUUUUCGGCCCAGUCGGGAGCCGACGAGGAUGGUGCUCGACGCCUGCGGCCGGAACGAGGCGACGGAUGGAUCCUGGGGCGCCUGCUGGAAAUAUGGUAUCUCAUCGCAUGCUACCUCUGGUUCUCGCUCGCCUGCCUCUGUGUGCCGCCCAGGACGAGCCGGGCCGGGAGGACGACGUCGGGGGCCGACGCGAAGCCCGGCGCGAAGCCCGCGGUCGACGGGGAGCCGGUGGAAACCUUUUCUCACUAUCUGCAGAGGAUUCGGCUGCCUCGUCGCUUCACGAACCAUUACCUGCUCCCCGUCAUCUGCAUCGCCUCGACCUGCUCCCACGCCGAGGCCUUGUCCUUUCCGGCGACGGACAUUGUCAACUACGAAAACCGUUCGCGCGGGCAGCCCAACUACACCGUCUGCGGAGGCGUCCACCAGGUGCAGUCGAGGCUCGCCGACGGCCUCGCCGACGUUCGCCUGGCCUGCCGCGUCGUCGCCGUCAAGGCCGUGACGACGGGGGAUGGCGCCGUCGUGCGCUGGCUGUCGGGCCCCGACGCCGAGUCGGAGCAGUACUUUGAUCGAGUCGUCCUCGCCGUCUCGCCCGACGUCGCCUCGAGGCUUUUCCGCCCCCUGCGGUCCGUCCUGAGCGGCAUGCCGACCCUCCAGACCGAGAGCUCCAUCCUCCUCCCCGGGGCCGUCGAGACGCACGCGACGGUCGACGACGCGGGGCCGAUUCCUUCGGGCCGCUGCUGUCACGACGACGGCAAUCGCCUGCCGCCCGAGGACGUCUCCUUCCGAACCGUCUUCUCCGCGUCGGGCGCGAGGACCGAGUCGUUGCAUCGCAUGCCCGGCGGCGUGCUGAUCAGCACGUGCUCCCUCGACCCGCACGCCGACGGGGAGAGGGCCCUGCACACGGCCACCUUUACCAGGACCCUGCGGACGCUCCGGAGCAGGGCCGUCGUGCAGGGCGUCAUGCGUGCCUCGCCCCCGCGGUGCGUCGACGACGAGCCCGGAUGGGUCAACGGACAGGACAACGUGUGGCUCGUCGGUGCCUGGUGCUGGGACGGGCUGGUGCUGCUCGAAGGAUGCGUCGUCUCGGCCAUGAAGGUGGCCGAUGACUUUGGCGUCGAGGUACCCUGGCGGCAGCCCGCCACCGGAUGCCAGGGCAUGUCAGGCCAUCUCUCGGCGCUACCCGUCGCGGCCUGGCGGCAGCUCUCCCUGGCCGUCUCGCUCGCCGUCUGGGCCGUGACACAGGCAUCCGCCGCGACCUCGACGGAGCUGCAGCGCCGCCUGAAGCACCCUCGCGACCGUCAGCUGCUGCCGGUGCUGUAA